UCAAUCUGUGAACGUCAUCGCGUAACCUCGCCGUGCCCCGCCCCACGCUGGUGAAGUGUUUCCGCCAAGAUGGUUGUUGGUGCCUUUCCUAUCGCCAAGCUCCUCUACCUGGGAGUUAGGCAGAUGAGCAAGCCCGUAGCGAACCGAAUAAAAGCAGGAGCCCGGAGGAGCGAGUUUUUUAAGAAUUACAUCUGUCUGCCGCCAGCGAACAUUUACCACUGGAUUGAGAUGAGAACAAAGAUGCGGAUCAUGGGCUUUCGUGGUUCCACCAUUAAACCACUGAAUGAGGACGCGGCUGCAGAACUGGGUGCAGAACUGCUGGGAGAGACAAUCAUCUUCCUCAUCGGUGGUGGAUGCAUGGUGCUGGAGUACAGCAGGCAGGCUGCUAAUUCACGCCGCAAAGAAGAAGAGCUGAAUGAGACCAUCACAAGCCUACAGACUCAAAUAGCAGAACUUGCACUAACCACUGAGACCCUAGAUGCUCAGCUGAGAGAGGUCAACAGGCAACUGGUGUACUUACCUGUUAUCAGCAAAAAGUGAUUAAAUUAGUUCUUUGCAUUAUGACAUAGCCCGGUUUGCUGGUCAAUGUGUGAAAGAACAAGAUUGAAAAACAUUGUGCUGCCAUAUGUACAGCCUGAUAAUGGCCCUACUUCAAAUGGUGUCCCCUGUCUGUGGACAGGAAGUAAGCAUAUCAGUGCACAGGGAAUGUGGGUGCUGUCAUUAGCUCAUGUUUUGAGCAACAGCUAGUAAUGGGGGAUUGUGAUAUAGACUAUGAUAUUCAUAGUGUAUUUUUGUGGUUCAUCUUGCAUCUCCAUAAAGCUGACUGUAUAUAAAGAUUUACAGUAAAAACUCCAUCAUAUUACUUUUCCUCUUUGUUUCAGUAAAGCUUAAUGGAUCUUAAUCAUUUAUCAGUUUAUCAAAGGGAUUGUCAUGCUUAACUGACUUCAGUUGUGAGUGACUCUAGAUUUUAGAUUGACUCAUAAAUGAGAAACACUUGCACUUGAAUGCCAAAAUGGAUAAUAAAAACAAACAUCUGAUCAUAUCAAUGGAUUAUUUUUGAGUGUCUGCCCCUAGGGGUUAAUAAACAUGAUGUUUUUGCUGUAAAUACCUUUUCUGAUGCAGGUUUAUUGGACGUGAUGACAAGUGUUGAUGGAUGGUGUAAAAUAAAAUGGUAUGCUGUCUCCGA